AUGUUCAGGAGCGCAAAAAGCAAACUGUUUCGAGAAGUGAUUGUCAUUUAUUUUAGCAACCCUUCCUGCGAUCCCAGUGAUGAAAAUUCCUCGGAGAACGUUCGUUCUCGAUGUUAUUAUGCCAUGACUCGCACUGCAGCGAAAGAUCGCACUUGCUUGAGUUCGCUUGGUCCUGACAGAUACGAUGACAGCGAUGCAUUGAAUGAUCAGGUUUACAAUGCUUUCGAAGCUUUGAAUGGCUGCAUUACAUGUGGCGUUCAUUGCCACAGGCUUUGCGCUGGGCCUCCUUGGUCUACGUACUGUCCAGACGGCGAUGGUGCGGAAGAGAAAUGGCAGUGCGAAGACUGCAGGUUGGAUUUUUUCUAAUU